UGGGUAUGUUUUCAUUUAAAACAGGUCUUUAUAGGUGGAGUAGCAAUGGAAGGAAGUCCAAAUUCAAACAACAAGACUACCCCAUAUCAGAAGAUCAGUGGCAGAUGCAGCGGCAUCGACACCGGCAGCAGGAGGUUGUCCACGAGAUUCAAAGGAGUGCUUCCACUCGAAAGUCACAAAUGGGGUGCAAGGAUUUCUUUCAAUUACAGAGCAUACUGGCUUGGAACAUAUUACACAGAAGAGGAGGCAGCCAUUGCUUAUGAUAGAGCAGCUCUCAAAUUGCUGAAAACCGACGCUUCCCUCAACUUACCUUACAAUAUUUACACACCUCAAGAGAAAUCAUUCCAGAGCUGGUACUCAGAUGAUGAGAUCCUGAACAUGAUCAAGGAUAAAACAUACUCAUCUCAUUUCACCGCCUUCCUUGUACAUCAAUCUCUGGCAAAGAAAACUCUACCAGGCAGCUUAAUAAACGCAAAGGGUCUCUCAUGUGAAAUGUUAUUCCAUAAGGAGCUGACACAAAUAGAUGUGAGUGACGCCGACCUGUUUCAAAUCCCCAAGGAAUACGCAUUGCAAUUCUUGCCCCCAGUUGGUAACAACAGUUCAGGGAAUGGAGUUCAAAUGGGAAGAGACUCCAUUGAUAUAACUUUCUAUGACAAAUAUUACAGACCCUGGACUUUCCGAUACUCAUAUUGGGGUAGAAUCAAGGUUUUUUUAUUCGCAAAAGGAUGGAGAGACUUCGUUAUAAUGAACAGCUUGAACCCUGGAGACACUGUCAUCUUCUAUGGAUGUUACCAUGUAGAUGAGGAGGGACAAAAAAGAAUGUUUUACAUGAUAGAUAUACAUCGAAAUGUCCCAGAAAAGUACAUUGUUGGUGAACGAUAUGUUGAUGGUAUUAAUGGGGUUAAGCUUUUUGGUGUCAGAAUAGGCUAAAAAAGCACCAUAAAAAAUGAUGUACUUGCUGUUCUUGUUUUAUUUUUUUCAAAGUUAACUGUAUGGGCCCAUCAAGAGCCCAUGAAACAAAGUUUAUGUUUUUAUUAUUAGUCUGUUUUCAUCAGAUUUAAAAUUAAAAAGGAAAACACUGACAAAGCUUGAAACUUUUAAUCGACUCAUUGUUCAGUUUUCCCUUGCUCUUCAAUCCGAAACCCUAUUUAUUGAAAAUAUUGAAUUCCCCAUUUAUAUCAAAACAAAAAAGCAAGCAAAAUGGCAACUCCAGCAGGAAGUUCUUCUGCUAAGAGGUGGCUUCCUCUCGAGGCUAAUCCCGAUGUCAUGAACCAGUUUCUUUGGGGUCUGGGUCUUCCAGAGAAUGAAGCAGAGUGUUGCGAUGUGUACGGCUUGGAGGAUGAACUGUUAGCAAUGGUUCCUCAGCCUGUUCUUGCUGUCCUUUUCCUUUUCCCAAUAACUUCUCAGACUGAAGAAGAGAGACUGGGGCAGGAUAAUGAGAAAAGAGAUGUUAGCAGUAAAGUUUAUUUCAUGAAACAAACCGUGGGAAAUGCUUGUGGAACGAUUGGGCUUCUUCACGGGGUUGGAAAUGUCACUUCUGAAAUCAAGCUUCAAGAGGGAUCGUAUUUAGAUAGGUUUUUAAAGUCUACUGCCAGCAUGGAUCCAUUGGAGCGCGCGGCAUUUCUUGAAAAAGAAAGAGAAAUGGAAGUUGCUCACUCCGUAGCAGCUACAGCUGGAGAAACAGAGGCUUCAGACAAUGUGAAUACGCAUUUUAUCUGCUUCUCAUGUGUUGAUGGGAAACUAUAUGAGCUUGAUGGAAGAAAAUCGGGACCAAUUUCACAUGGGGCUUCCUCGCCAAGUAGCUUAUUGCAGGAUGCAGCAAAAGUGAUAAAGGGCAUGAUCCAGAAAAAUCCAGAGUCACUCAACUUCAAUGUCAUUGCACUUCAUAAGAAAAUGGGAGUGGCAGCAGGUACAUAUUAACAUCAAUUUCCUAUCAACAGUUACUGAUUAGAUUCUAAAAUCUUCAUGUACUGUGACGUAGUCAAACAUAUCAUAUGACUGUAUGCCCUUCAUCUUUAUAUAUAUAUCAGCAAACAAUCAAAACCCUUGCUUUUCAUGAUAUAGAGGAAAAGUAAUGGCUUUCUCUGUUUUAAAGAUCAAAUGAAAGGGUACUAGUAUCAUAUUUUGUAUCAGUGUGACUGCAUUCUUUUUAUUCAAGGCUCUUCAAUUGCUCCA